CCUCCUCUUGCUCCAAUUGAUUGAGUUUUUUUUUUGACAAUCCCACAGUUUCUCUCUCGCACACAACCCCACCACUCUCUCUCUCUCCUUAGGCCAUUUUCAAUUACAAUUCAAGCGAGAAGGAUCUUCACAAUUUUAGGCGAGACUCGGAUCGUGUACCUGUUCACACCUCGAUUGCUGUUCUUCGAUUCGUUUUGAAUUUUGAAGGUUUCGAUUUCACCUUCGAAUUUCGAAGUAAACGAGUCUGGCAGUCAACUACUUUGGAUUCGAAAUUGUGCUGUUAGGACUUGAUGAUUCUUCAAUUUCAAGUUACUACUUAGGUUUAAUAUUGAUUUCUCGGAAGUGAGGAUUUUUAGUCUGAGCUUCCGGAUUGUUUGAUUUUUUUGUUUUUUUCAAGUGUUUUUGAUAGUUUUGGAGCAUGAUAGAGAGAGAGUUUAAUUGGUGAUAGUUUGUGAGUAUAUAUAAAUUGGUCCGCCAUGUCGAAGGUGGUUUAUGAGGGGUGGAUGGUUCGAUAUGGGCGGAGGAAGAUCGGACGGUCCUUUAUUCAUAUGAGGUACUUUGUGCUCGAGACUCGAUUGCUUGCUUAUUACAAAAGGAAGCCUCAGGAUAACGUGGUUCCAAUCAAGACCUUUCUCAUAGAUGGUAAUUGUCGGGUGGAAGAUCGAGGCUUGAAGACUCAUCAUGGACAUAUGGUUUAUGUUCUGUCUGUCUACAACAAGAAAGAAAAGUACCACCGAAUUACUAUGGCAGCAUUUAACAUUCAGGAGGCACUUAUCUGGAAAGAGAAAAUUGAACUUGUCAUUGAUCAGAUGCAGCAUCAGGGGUCACAAGUUCCCAAUGGUAACAAAUAUGUAUCUUUUGAAUACAAAUCUGGAAUUGACAAUGGGAGGAAAUCUUCCUCAUCAGAUCGCGAAAGUCAGUUUAGUGCCCCCGAGGAUGAAGAUGAUUCUCAUCCAAAUUUGUUGCGGAGAACAACAAUUGGAAAUGGUCCUCCUGAAUCUAUAUUUGACUGGACAACGGAACUAGACUCGGACUUGUCAAACCAGAAUGCCAACAAUCAAGCAUUCUCUAGAAAACAGUGGCGUCUUCUUCAAUGCCAAAAUGGACUGCGCAUUUUUGAAGAGCCUCUUGAAGUCGAUUUCCUUCCGAAAAGCUGUAGUAGAGCAAUGAAGGCUGUAGGGGUUGUGGAGGCUACCUGUGAAGAAGUAUUUGAGCUUGUGAUGAGCAUGAAUGCAACACGGUUUGAGUGGGACUGCAGUUUCCAGGACGGUCGCUUAGUGGAGGAGGUAGAUGGACAUACUGCCAUACUGUAUCAAAAACUACAGCUGGACUGGUUUCCAAUGUUUGUGUGGCCCCGCGAUCUUUGUUAUGUGCGUUAUUGGCGCCGAAAUGAUGAUGGAAGUUAUGUUGUAUUAUUUUGUUCUAGGGAGCAUGAGAACUGUUCUCCACAACCUGGAUUUGUGCGCGCCCAUAUUGAGAGUGGAGGGUUCAAUAUUUCCCCGCUGAAACCUCGAAAUGGGAGGCCUAGAACACAGGUACAGCACCUUAUUCAAAUUGAUCUGAAAGGGUGGGGCGUAGGUUACAUUUCGGCAUUUCAGCAACAUUGUCUCCUUCAGAUGUUAAAUAGUGUUGCAGGACUUCGUGAAUAUUUUUCUCAAACAGAUGAAAGGUGUGCUCCUCCAAGAAUCCCAGUUAUGUUAAAUAUGACUUCAGCCUCUGUUUCUUCAAAGAAGAGUCAAAAGCUCCAGGCAUCCUCUGUUCACCGUAGUCCUUCUCAAGAUCAAAUUAAUGCUGCACACAAAAAUGCGGUGAUGAUGGAUGAAUACUCUGAUGAUGAUGAUGAAUUCCAAAUAACUGACCAAGAGGUAGGCUCAACCAGCCUUCAGAGUGAAGUCAAGAAAACUGCUUUAGAGGAAGAAUGCACUGAUCAAAUUGAUUUGUCCUGUUUCUCGGGAAACCUACGACAUGAUGACCGGGAUAAUGGUCGUGACUGCUGGAAAGUAUCUGAUGGAAACAACUUUAGAGUUCGUAGCAAGAAUUUUUGUUAUGAUAAAUCAAAGAUUCCUGCAGGUAAGCAUCUGAUGGAUCUUGUCGCUGUUGAUUGGUUCAAAGACACAAAAAGAAUGGACCACGUUGCUAGGCGCCGUGGUUGUGCCGCACAAGUUGCUUCGGACAAAGGAUUUUUCUCAAUAGUUCUAAAUCUGCAAGUACCUGGUUCGACAACCUAUAGUAUGGUUUUUUAUUUUGUGACAAAGGAAAUAGUACCUGGAUCUCUCUUGCAAAGGUUUGUAGAUGGUGAUGAUGAGUUCCGUACUAGUAGACUGAAGAUCAUCCCGUCAGUUCCUAAGGGCUCAUGGAUUGUGCGCCAGAGUGUUGGAAGCACCCCUUGUUUGUUGGCAAAAGCAAUUGAUUGCAACUAUAUCCGUGGUCCCAAGUACUUGGAAAUUGAUGUUGACAUAGGUUCUUCUACUGUGGCUAAUGGAGUUUUGGGGCUUGUAAUUGGUGUAAUGACUACAUUGGUGGUUGACAUGGCUUUCCUUGUACAGGCAAACACCCCGAAUGAGUUACCAGAGAAACUAAUAGGUGCAGUCCGUUUGUCUCACAUAGAGCUGUCAUCUGCGAUAGUCCCGAAACUUGAUGCAGAUCCUUCAGACUCAGUCAAACCGUGAACUCCAGAGGUUGACGGAAUAUUAUUAGUUUAAAUGUGCAUUUUUUAGUUAUCAAUUUUAACCAAAAUUCAUUUGUUUCAUUGUCAAUAUUUUCAAAGGCGAAUUUUACAUGGAAGUCGCAAUAGCAGGCGGCUUGUUGGUUUGUUUGUUUUGUUUUGUUUUUUUUCUUUCUUUCUUUCUUCUUUUGUAGUCUUACGAUUUCUGAAAAACACAAGAUGAGGUUGAGUAUAUAUAUAUUUCUACAUUUUCUCAUGUUCA